CAUUCACGUGCUGGUUCUCUUCCUUGAAGGCGGUGCUUCCUGGCUGCCGGUGGAGAGAGUUGUUGUUGUUUGUGGGGAGAGAAGUUCUUGAAAAGUACACAAACUGGUCCUAGAAACAUGGGAACCCGAGAUGACGAGUAUGACUACUUAUUCAAAGUUGUGCUUAUUGGAGACUCUGGAGUGGGGAAGAGUAACCUGCUGUCCCGUUUCACGAGAAAUGAGUUCAACCUGGAGAGCAAGAGUACCAUUGGGGUGGAGUUUGCCACCCGCAGCAUCCAGGUGGACGGCAAGACGAUAAAGGCACAGAUCUGGGACACAGCUGGACAAGAACGCUACAGAGCCAUCACCUCAGCAUACUACCGAGGUGCAGUCGGGGCGCUCCUAGUUUACGACAUCGCCAAACACUUGACGUAUGAGAACGUUGAACGCUGGCUAAAAGAACUCAGGGACCAUGCUGACAACAACAUAGUCAUCAUGCUGGUUGGAAACAAGAGCGACCUCCGUCACCUCAGGGCAGUGCCCACUGAUGAGGCUCGAGCUUUCUCAGAAAAGAACACUCUCUCAUUUAUUGAAACCUCUGCCUUGGACUCCACUAAUGUAGAAGAAGCCUUUAAAAACAUCCUCACAGAAAUCUACCGUAUUGUAUCUCAGAAGCAAAUAUCGGACAGAUCUGCACACGAUGAGUCUCCAGGAAACAAUGUAGUGGACAUAAGCCUCCCUCCAACCACAGAUGGGCAGAAGGGCAAACUCCCCUGCUGCCAGAGCCUGUGACACUCCUACUUUCUUUUCCUGUUUGACUUUCUGUCAGUCUUUCCUCUCUUCACCUCUGGUUAAGGUCGGCUGUCACACAGCUGUCAUCAAGAAACCCUCGUGGGCUUUGAAGUCUCCGACACCAAGACUCUUGUGUUUUACAUUCCUUUGUGCUGUUCUUUUCAUUGUUUUUUUUUUCUUGGUUUAUUUGUCAUUCUCUUAUUUCCCAUGCAAGCAUAAAGAGGGAGGAAGAUUUUGCUAUUAUGAAGUUGAUCUUAAAACUGUAGUAAACUUAAAUGUCUUUUAAUGAAAGUAGAUUUUAUGGUUCCUUUGACCCUCUCCUGUUGAAGGAAUGGUGAGGAAUCAGUAGGCGUGUGAAUCAAUGCUUCAAGAAGUUUCUACUCGUCUCCUUUUCUGAGCUUCAGUGAUAUAGACUUUUGUCACGAUCUGCUACAGCAGAACCCCAAUUUUAUGUCUGGUUGCCCUGUCUGCCUAUCAUGCAGUAUGGGUGGAGAGGAAGAGAUGAGAAGUAGGCACCAUUUGGGUAUUUAAGUGUACUCAUAUCUGGAGUUUCUAUUUUCCUCUUUCAUUUUAAUUUGCCUCUUUGAGCCCUUUGCCCACUGUGGCAUGAAAUUAGCACGAGCCAGGGAUCUGACUGGCUGUGACUGUCUGAACUAAUAUGGGCUAGUGGGAAACAAAUGAAGUGUUUUAUUGGCGUUUGAGUGUGUGUGGUUGUGUGUGUUAACCUUAGUGUGCAACAAUACCAAAGGAGACGGAUGCAAUCGUUAUCAGUUUUAGGUUCUCUGACUUGAGCACAUUAAUGGCUGCUAAAGUUGCAUUUCAUCGCUGUAUUUGGAAAACCAAUCCCAGCUGCUUAGAAAAACAUUUCCAAUGCUACAGUGCAACAUUUGAAGUAAUGUUUAAAAUUUAUGUUUUGUUUUGUUUGGGUUUUUUUGCACUUGUGUCCAAAUAUUUCAGUGGAUCAAAUCAUGAUAUAUUUUAAAAACUCACUCAACAUCUUAAUCAAGUAACAAGUUUCCUGUUCAUUGUGAAGGCAACGUUCUUGGUUAAAAAAAGUACUUAAUGUGGUUCCUUUUUUGGUCUUAAACAUUUUCCUCAUGUACUCAAACAAACUUUGCUGUUUGAAUUGUUUGAAUGUGAUAUCUGUUAAAGGGAAAUAGAUAAAGAUGUUUGCAAUCAA